AUGCACAAAGAGGUUGGUAUUACCACAAGGCAGGAUAGUGAGUCUACGUCGCUAUCUCUGAGAAGUAGAAAUGAACCAUCUGUCCAUGACCUUACAAUGGAGAUUGAAAAUUCAACAGCCAAGUCGCCUUUGAUACGGUACAAACUCAAGGCCUAUUGUCGUGAUGCAUUCUCAGAGUUCUUUGGUACUAUGAUUCUGAUUCUCUUCGGUGACGGCGUCGUUGCGCAAGUCCUCCUCAGCCAUGGCCAGAAAGGAGACCAUCAAUCAAUAUCUUGGGGAUGGGGUCUAGGUGUCAUGCUCGGUGUAUACGUCAGCGGAGCCUCAGGGGCCCAUAUCAACCCAGCCGUCACGUUCGCCAACUGCGUCUUUCGUAAAUUUCCCUGGCGCAAAUUUCCUGUUUAUGCUAUAGCUCAAAUACUCGGCGCAAUGUGUGGGGCAGCAAUUGUUUACGGCAACUAUAAAUCGGCCAUCGACGUCUUCGAGGGUGGGUCCAAUAUCCGUACCGUACCAGGGUACUCGGACACAGCGACAGCCGGGAUAUUCUGCACAUACCCUGCCGACUUCAUGACUAAAACUGGGCAAUUUUUCUCCGAGUUUAUUGCCAGCGCUAUUUUGAUGUUCAUGAUCUUUGCACUCAAAGAUGACGGGAACAUGGGCGCGGGACCACUAACGCCCCUCGCACUCUUCUUCGUCAUUUUCGGAAUUGGUGCCUGUUUUGGCUGGGAAACUGGAUACGCUAUCAACCUUGCCCGAGACUUUGGGCCUAGACUUACCUCUUACAUGCUGGGCUAUGGGCAUGAAGUAUGGGCGGCUGGUAAUUAUUACUUCUGGGUUCCCAUGAUUGCUCCCUUUUUGGGAUGUACGUUUGGCGGCUGGAUUUAUGAUGUUUUCUUAUAUACCGGACUAGAUAGUCCGGUCAACACUCCGUGGAUGGGUUUCAAUCGGAUAUUUGGAUUUACGAAACAAACAAGAGUGACACUCUCGAGCCCUGUCUGA